AACUAGUUUCAUUGACUUCAUGACGUUGGUGUAACGGAGGAGUGGGUCUUCAAGCGGAGAAACUUCGCAGAUAGAUCCCUGAAGAAAAGUGUGGAGCUAUACCGGACGAUGUACAGUUUAACCGUUUCGCUUGAAUUAGCGUAUCUAGCAUUUUUGUUGCUUUCUAGAAGAAAACAUCGGAUUGCUGAUGAAGGAGAUUCAAGUCCAACAAAAAAUGGAGAUAUAUUCUCAAUAUGGAACUUUGAUGGAAGGGUUGCGUAUGAAGACAUUAUUAAAGCAACUGAGGAUUUUGACAUUAAAUAUUGCAUUGGUACAGGUGGCUAUGGCAGUGUUUAUAGAGCUCAACUGCCAAAUGGCAAAGUAGUUGCUUUGAAGAAACUUCAUCGAAGAGAAGCAGAGGAACCUGCUUUUGACAAGAGUUUCAGAAAUGAGGUUAAAGUGCUCACAGAAAUAAGACACAAGAACAUUGUGAGGCUUCAUGGGUUUUGUUUGCAUAAGCGCUACAUGUUUUUGAUCUAUCAAUAUAUGGAAAGGGGAAGCUUGUUUUGUGUCCUUAGAAAUGAUGAUGAAGCUGUGGAAUUGGAUUGGCUCAAAAGGUUCAAUGUCAUCAAAAGCAUGGCAAAUGCUUUGUCUUACCUUCACCAUGACUGCAUCCCACCCAUCCUUCAUCGGGACAUAUCAAGCAACAACAUUCUCUUGAAUUCAGAACUAGAGGCUUUUGUUGCUGACUUUGGAAAUGCUAGGCUUUUAGAUCCUGAUUCAUCCAAUUAUACCACGCUUGCUGGCACUCAUGGUUAUAUUGCCCCAGAGCUUGCUUAUACUAUGGUUGUGACUGAGAAAUGUGAUGUUUAUAGUUUUGGAGUUGUGGCAUUAGAAGUACUGAUGGGAAUGCAUCCUGGAAAGCUACUAACAUUGUUAUCAUCGCCAUCUUCUUUGCAAAAUGUGAUGCUAAGUGACAUAUUAGAUGCACGUUUAUCACCUCCAAGAAGUAGAAGUCUUACCCAAAAUAUUGUGGUGGCUACUGCACUUGCAUUUGCUUGCUUACAUGCAAAGCCCAAAUUUAGGCCAACAAUGAAAUUUGUGUCUCAACAGUUUCUUGCUAGCAAAAAACCACUUACAAAGGCUUUUCAAACUAUUUCUUUACUAGAAUUGGCACACAAUGAAUUGGCGAAGGAAAAUGAAAAAGAAUUUCAACCAAAGAUUUCAAAUCAUCCAAGUGAGCAUCAUGGUUCUUCCUUAUAUGAAAUUCUUGAUGUCUAAUUUUGAAAAUCCAAAGACUAUGUAGUUUUGAUAAAUGAUUGUUAAUAAGAGUACCCUUCAUGUAUGUACCAAUACCUUGCUCGGUUAAUUGGCCAAUUUAGUUGCCGUAUAUCUAUCCAACAACAUGCUUGUUGGUCCUAUACCCUUUCUCUCUUGAUCCAUUAGCCAAUUUAGUUACAUUUUAAAUCUGUCCUAUAACAUGCUUGUUGGCCUUAUCCUUUUAUCUGUAGGUCAACUAGCCAUGUUGUUUGUCAACCUUGUGGAUUGAUUUCAAUAAAUUCAAUAACUGCAU